UAGCUAACGUAUUCGCGUCGCUCGUCAACUGAGUGAGCAGUUAGUAGUAAACAAAAUAAAAACAAACCCGUUCGUUUAAAUCGCUUAAAUCCGGUUCAAGUGAACAGACAAACACUCAAACAAGCAACAGCCUUGGAUUACCCGAACUGUAGUGCCUACCAGCCAGUCGCUAACAACAAUAACAACAACAACAGCAGUACGAUGGUGGUAGCAGCAGAGGAGCAAUACCCCGCGAUCAAGGUAGCAGCGUCGGCGAUGGCGUCGUCGUACGACUAUAGCGUCGAGUGUGCACCGAUUGGAGUGACGGCAAAGCAUGCGCUGCUGCUCGCAAACAUUGAGAAACGACUGAUUAUGGGCUUAUCGGAUGCGAUUAGCAGCCUGGCCAAGACGCCCGAAGAGUAUCUGUUUUGCUUUAUGGCGCCAUCCCAGCCUGGCGACAGUGCCACUCACAUGCACGAGGUGCUGCUGCAGGCCUUCUGUUUCGAGCACGAUAUUUACAUAAUCAAGGUUGACAGCACGGAGAAGCUAAGCCGCCUACUUGGCUCCAGUACGCUGCAAUCGUGUGCACUGAUCCAGAAAAACUGGUCCGCGGAUCAUCGGACCGAACUUCUGUCCAAGGUCGAAGACCAGCUGGUCGACUAUUGCGAAGAGCACUGGGAUUCACCGAUCAAACCAACCGUCAGACUACCGGAUAAGUAAGAGAACUGCUCGUCUAUCACAACAAGUGAAUGGGAACGAUAAAAACUGGGAAAAUACCUGUAGCGGAGCACACCAGCGGCAAAGGAAUUUCCCACACGGACAGUGGAGAACGCUAAAUGCAUCGCUCCGUCCGGUCUACGUAACAUCGUACGAGUGAAAUCGCAAACAAACGGUUGGGAAAUUCCCACAAACCGUCGAAGUUAGCACAGUUUUGUGAACGAGCGAAACCGGUUCGAGAAUGCAAGUACAGCAAGUGAACUGAAAACUCGAGACGAGCAGUUGAAGUCGAGUGUAUUUGUGACUUAUUGCUGUUAUCCACGGUAAUGACAGGUGUCGAUCAGGUGAACGAAGAUAAAACAAAGAGAACAAAUAUGGCUCGGCUAGACACCUUGGUGAUCGAUUGCUACCCGCAUAAGUGGAAAGUGGAGCGUGCUAAUUGAGUUAGUGGAGGUGUAAACUUUUAUUUCGCAUCAUUGGAUUGUGUGAGGUCUUGGGAAGUGCCGUAUGUUAAAGUGGAAA